AUGGCAGACCACCCUGAUGACAGUAAGCCUAGCACAGCCCACGUGACCGAGGAGGAGCGGCCACACGUAGCCAAAGCAGCAGCAGCUGCAGCAGCAGUCGGCGCGACCGUCGGCGCACUCGGCGGGCCCCUCGGCGCCGGGCUCGGCGCGGGUGUUGGCGCAGGGGUGGGCGCGACCCUGGGAAAGCUCGCUGAGAAGGAGCAGGUUGAGGAGGCAGGGCCUGAGGCGGAAGUCGUCAAGCCCGGCCGUGCCGCAGAGGAGGUGCGGCACCUGCACGAGGAGCUGUCUGGUGUCGAGGAAGUGAAGCAGUGA